AAUUCUUUGAUGACUUGUCUUUUUUCAGCAUAAACCUCAUGAAACAGCUGAUUAGUUCUUCUGACCUACUUGUAGUGCAAGUGGAAAUGGAUGUGUACACCGCUCUCAAAAAGUGGAUGUUCCUCCAGCUAGUGCCUACUUGGAAUGGGUCUUUGAAACAACUCUUAACCAAAGCUGAUGCGUGGUUUGCCAGGCGCAGGAGAGAUUUUGAGGAUGACAUUGCCUUCCUGGAAUCGGAACAGGGGAAUGCGUUCCUGUCGGUGUUCACACACUUGAGAUUACAGUAUAUCAUCAGUGACUUGGCGUCAGCCAGAAUUAUUGAGAGAGAUUCCCUAAUGCCCUCAGAAUGGCUGUCCUCUGUUUACAAACAGCAGUGGCUUGCCGUGCUCAGAGCAGAACAAGGCAAUGAUAUUGGGCCUCAGGAAGUAAAUAAAGAGGAACUGGAAGGAAACAGCAUGAGGUGUGGUCGAAAACUUGCAGAGGGUGGCCAUUACUGCUGGCGGUGGACUGGGUUCAACUUUGGCUUUGACCUUCUUGUCACUUAUACAAAUGGUUACAUCAUUUUCAAGCGGAAUACGCUGGAUCAGCCGUGCAGUGGAUCAGUCAGUCUGCAGCCUCGGAGAAACAUAGCCUUCAGGUUACGUGUAACCUCUUUUGAUAGCAGCGGGAAAGUUACUUUCAGUAGAACAACAGGAUAUCAGAUUCUAACCUUUCAGAAGGACCAGGAGCAGAUAGUGAUGAAUUUGGACAGAAGCCUCCUGACCUUCCCGCUCUAUAUCUUCUGUAACUUUUUGUACACAUCGCCAGAGAAGCCGACCGACAGCGAGGCACUGCCAGAUAACUCAGAAACCUGAGACCUCUUUAUAUAUUAUAUAUCUAUAUAUUUUAUAUAUAUAUAUAUGGCCUUAGUAUACUCCUAUGCAUAUCUGAGAAGAUCAUCAGAAAUUGUGUAGGCCAAAACUAGUUAUCCCAUAUGUUUUUUUAAUUUCUGUUCUGCACCUGCAGACAGUAGCCAUUCCGUGGUUAAGAAAUGUUAGACUUUUUAUUUUCCUGGGUGAAAACUGAGCCAAAUGGGACAGGGGGAGUUUGUGUGAAUGACAUCUUACGAACUUUCCUGUCAGAUUCUGAGCACGCAUUGUAGGACGCGUGGUUUUUGUAGUGUCUUAUUUGUUUGUGGGUUGGUUUUUUUUUUUUAAAUGACUGAUCUGUAAAUACCAGGUCCGCAUUCUGUUUCUUUUGUGGUCAAGUGUAAGAGGUACACUGUAUUCAUUCUUUCUAUAUGUUUUAAAAUACCCAGCUUUUCGGUAAUGCCAGCUUUGGUGCUGGGUUGAGCCACCCCAGGGCUCCUGCGUUGUUCUGAGGGCUCAGCGCCUCCUGUUCAGGACCAGGUCCUGCUCUGCCCUUGCACCCCGCUGGCUCCCGGGGCCACCCACCGCCCCUGCUCACCUGGACAAGCCGUUGCUGCGUGCAGACGC